AUGCACAGGGUCUUCUACACUAAUACCAAAAUGAUGCACAGGGUCUACUACACUAAUACCAAGAGGAUGCACAGGGUCUUCUACACUAAUACCAAAAUGAUGCACAGGGUCUACUACACUAAUACCAAGAGGAUGCACAGGGUCUACUACACUAAUACCAAGAGGAUGCACAGGGUCUACUACACUAAUACCAAGAUGAUGCACAGGGUCUUCUACACUAAUACCAAGAGCAUGCACAGGGUCUACUACACUAAUACCAAGAUGAUGCACAGUGUCUACUACACUAAUACCAAGAGGAUGCACAGGGUCUACUACACUAAUACCAUGACGAUGCACAGUGUCUACUACACUAAUACCAAGAGGAUGCACAGGGUUUACUACACUUAUACCAAGAGGAUGCACAGGGUCUACUACACUAAUACCAAGAGAAUGCACAGGGUUUACUACAAAAAUACCAAGAGGAUGCACAGGGUCUACUACACUAAUACCAAGAGGAUGCACAGUGUUUACUACACAAAUACCAAGACGAUGCACAUGGUCUACUACACUAAUACCAAUAGAAUGUACAGGGUCUACUACACUAAUACCAAGAGGAUGUACAGGGUCUACUACACUAAUACCAAGAGGAUGUACAGGGUCUACUACACUUAUACCAAGAGGAUGCACAGGGUCUACUACACUAAUACCAAGAGGAUGCACAGGGUCUACCACAGAAGAAGGAAAAGCUCUGAAAACGAAAUUAAGACGGAUUUCACAUUCCUCUUUGCGAACAAUGGGCUAAUUAGAGCAGAACACUGUAAAAUAAUUUUUAAGAGAUUGUAA